AUGGUGUCGGUGAGUCGCUCCACGUUUGGGGCGCUGCCCUCCGGGGCAGGGACGGUGGAAAAGUUCCAGCUGCAGUCGGACCAGCUGCGCCUGGACGUCCUCUCCUGCUGCACCCUCUCGGCGCUGGAGGUCAAGGACCGAGGCCGCGCCGCCGACGUGGUUCUGGGCUUCGGCGACCUGGAAGGCUACCUGCAGAAGCAGCCGUACUUCGGAGCAGUGGUGGGCAGAGUGGCCAACCGGAUCGCCAAGGGCCGCUUCACACUGGACGGGCAGGAGUACCAGCUGCCCAUAAACCGAGAGCCCAACAGCCUGCACGGCGGCUUCCAGGGCUUCGACAAGGUGCUCUGGACCCCACAGCUGCUGCCCAACGGUGUCCAGUUCUCGAGGGUCAGCGUGGAUGGCGAGGAAGGCUACCCGGGGGAGCUGAAGGUCUGGGUGACAUACACCCUGGAGGGGUCCGAGCUCCAGGUCAACUACCGAGCACAGACCACACGGCCCACCCCGGUCAGCCUCACCAACCAUUCGUAUUUCAACCUGGCGGGCCAGGGGUCCCCCGAUAUAUAUGACCACGAAGUCACCAUCGCAGCUGAUGCCUACCUGCCGGUGGACGCCAACAUGAUCCCUACAGGAGAAGUGGUCCCGGUGCAGGGCACGGCCUUUGACCUCCGGACUCCAGUGCAGCUGGGGAGGCGCCUGCAGGAGCUGGGACUCCCCGGCUUCGACCACAACUUCUGCUUCGAGAGAUCCGGGGAGAAGCGUCUCUGUGCUCGGGUCCGCCACCCUGCCAGCGGUCGUGUGCUGGAGGUGUCCAGCACCCAGCCGGGGGUCCAGUUCUAUACGGGCAACUUCCUGGACGGUUCGCUGCGCGGCAAGGGUGGUGUCACCUACCCGAAGCACUCGGGCUUCUGCCUGGAGACGCAGAGCUGGCCUGACGCCGUCAACCAGCCUCACUUCCCCUCCACGCUGCUGAGGCCCGGCCAGGAGUACAACCACACCACGUGGUUCACGUUCUCGGUGGCCUGAGGAGGCGGCUGCACCCCUGGGAGCACCUGGC